CUCUUCUGACCUACCCUGCGCGGCCUGCCCGUCCUGCCCGUCCUGCGCGUCCUGCGCGUGCAUUGGUGCCACGCCCUCGGUCUCGCUCUCUCCCACACGCCCACCAUGCUGUUCUGCCUACUACGGGACCUACCGUGCGCGUGCAACGUGCUGCGUCUUGCCUGCGUUGGUGCUGGCGACGUAAAUCUGAGCUACGUGAGUAAGCUUGCUGGUGCUACGUGAACUACUGCAACGUGAUAUUGAGGCAUUGUCUACUUUUGUGGAACUUGGACGGCUGGGCUAAACCGUGGUCGAAGGCUUGCCCGUUGUUGGUUGAUCGCUGUCGGCAAGAGGCUUCUUCGGUAUGGCUGACUGAAGUUCUCCUUGAGCAAGGAGGAGGAGGUUUGAUGCCAAGUGAGUGGCGGUAUGGACAGGAACGCAGGGUCUAAGUCAGAAGACUCCAGCAGAGGGGUACCAUGCAUACCCUUCAGGGUAUGGUGUUGGUGAAGUGGUUGUCAGAUAUGAGGAGUGCUAUGUGAUUGCAGGGUCUCUCGUACCAGGAGGUGGUAUUGGGUUGGGUUCCUUGGGUAAAAGAGAAUGUUGUGGUACCAGUGCACCUAGAUUCGCAUGCGGGUGUGCUCAUGUGUGCGUGCGUCGGUUUUUGGUAGUCGUAGUUAUGUGCGCGGAGGGGUUGGUGUAAUUGUGUCAGGUGGUGGAGAGCAGGGAGGGGUUGUCGGUUUUCAUUUCAUUAGCUGAGUGGAUUGGAAAAGAUGGUGGGUUUGUCAGUCUUAAAGGAGGUGGAGACGCUUGAGAGGCAGUUGGUGCCUUUGGUGGGUAAAAAGGGAGGGGACUUCUCGACGCGUCACAAGUACCUGCAGUUGGUGCGCAAACACCGGUUGCGACGAUCAGAACUGGUUCUGAGGUAUGGUUUGGAGAUGCUGAACAAUGGGAAAGACAGAUCGAGACUGGGUGACGACCUGUGGAAUGUAUACGAGCAAGUGGGUGUUGCUGCUCUCGACUGCGGUGACCUGGACGCGUGUAAGGCGUGCUACAUGGAAUUGGCUAAGCGCUUCCCGGUGAGUGUCAGGGUUCGUCGGCUUGAGGGUCUCAUCUGUGAAGCGAAAGGGUUCUGGUCAAAGGCUGACCGCCUGUAUGAUGAGUUGAUGGAGUUAGCCCCUGGCAAUCAACAGCUGUAUAAGCGGAAGAUCUCGAUCAUGAAAGCGCAGGGAAAUCUCGCAGAGGCAGUGGAAAUGCUGAACACCUAUCUUUUCCUCUUCAUGGGAGACAUGGAAGCAUGGAGAGAACUCGCUGACGUCUACACUACCCUCCAAAUGUACAAGCAAGCAGCCUUUUGCUUCGAAGAGCUGGUUCUGUCAGACCCACAGAACCCUCUUUUUCACCUGGGCUAUGCCGACCUAUUGUACACGAUGGGCGGGGUGGAGAAUUACAGGACUGCAAAGAGUUACUACUGUGCUGUGGUUGAGUUGACCAAGGGGAAAAAUGUCCGUGCACUGUACGGGAUUUGCCUCUGCGCGGUGGCAAUUAGCAGUUCGAAAGGUGGAAGGCCGAAAGAGAUUGGAGAGGCAUUCUCUCUUGCUUCAGGAGUUCUCGCGAAGGAGUACAAAGCGCUGUGUCCAGCAAAAGAGUCCCUUGUCACGUCGGUAUUCAGAAAGCAGGCUGAUUCGUUUUCGGGUUGAAACAACUCAAAUUUCGGCUUAUGACUAUGCUUUCUCUUUUUCCCUUUUUCCCCUUUCUCUUGCUCAUUGGGGAUUCAAUCGA